CGAUUUUGACAAACGGAGGGAGUACGAGUAUUUAUAAAUUGUCAUAGUCGGCCGCUAACGCACUGAUAGACAGAAGAUAGAGAGAGAGAGAGAGAGAGAGAGAGAGAGAGAUCUGGCCAUGGAUCCUUACAAGUACCGCCCUUCGUGCUCUCACAACUCUCUCUUCUUCACCACUAAUUCCGGCGCACCAGUUUGGAACAACAACUCUUCGUUAACUGUCGGAUCUAGAGGACCGAUUCUCCUUGAGGACUACCAUUUGGUCGAGAAACUCGCUCAAUUCGUCAGGGAGCGUAUACCGGAGCGUGUUGUUCAUGCCAGGGGAGCUAGUGCAAAGGGUUUCUUUGAGGUCACCCACGAUAUUUCUCAUCUUACUUGUGCCGAUUUCCUUCGCGCACCUGGAGUUCAGACCCCUGUCAUAGUUCGAUUUUCAACUGUUAUCAAUGAGCGUGGCAGUCCUGAAACUUUGAGGGAUCCUCGAGGUUUCGCGGUGAAGUUCUAUACCAGAGAGGGCAACUUUGAUCUUGUCGGUAAUAACUUCCCAGUGUUCUUUGUCCGCGAUGGCAUUAAGUUCCCCGACGCGAUCCAUGCUUUCAAACCAAACCCCAAGUCUCACAUCCAGGAGAACUGGCGGAUUCUCGACUUCUUCUCACACCAUCCCGAGAGCUUGCACACGUUCGCUUUUCUCUUUGAUGAUGUUGGUGUCCCGCUUAAUUAUAGACACAUGGAUGGGUUUGGUGUCAAUACCUACACUCUCAUCAACAAGGAUGGAAAAGUCCAUUAUGUGAAGUUCCAUUGGAGACCCACCUGUGGAGUGAAGUGUUUGUUGGAGGAUGAGGCUGUGAUUGUAGGAGGGACUAAUUACAGUCAUGCUACUAAGGAUCUUUAUGAUUCAAUCGCCGCUGGAAACUUCCCUGAGUGGAAGCUUUUCAUCCAGGUCAUGGAUCCUGAACAUGAGGACAAGUUCGAUUUUGAUCCCUUGGAUGUUACUAAGACCUGGCCAGAAGACAUCUUGCCUCUUCAGCAAGUUGGGAGCUUGGUCUUGAACAAGAACAUCGAUAACUUCUUCGCGGAAAAUGAGCAGCUUGCCUUUUGUCCUGCGCUUGUGGUGCCCGGAAUCUAUUAUUCGGAUGAUAAGCUUCUCCAGGCUCGGAUUUUCGCCUAUGCUGAUACUCAGAGGCAUCGGCUUGGGCCGAACUAUUUGAUGCUUCCCGUGAAUGCGCCCAAAUGUGCCCAUCAUAACAAUCACCACGAUGGUUUCAUGAAUUUCAUGCAUAGGGAUGAAGAGGUGAAUUACUUCCCUUCAAGGUAUGAUCCUGUUCGACAUGCUGAGCGAUUCCCCAUUCCAUCCCGUAUUAGUUCUGGGAAGCGUGAGAAGUGCAUAAUUGAGAAGGAGAACAAUUUCAAGCAGCCUGGAGAAAGAUACCGGUCCUUCGCACCAGACAGGCAAGAGCGCUUCGUCCGCCGAUGGGUUGAGGCAUUGUCGGAUCCAAGGGUCACCCAUGAAAUUCGUAGCAUCUGGAUCAGCUACUGGUCUCAGUGUGACAAAUCUCUGGGACAGAAGCUGGCGCAUCACCUCAACGUCAAGCCGAGCAUGUGAUGAGAUGCAUGCCCAUAUGCAGAGGUAAAUGCGAAUCGGCAAAAUGGUUUUGAGCAGUAGAGAGAAUGUGUAGAAAAGGGUAUCGUGUCAUGGUUUCAAAAGAGAAGAAAACAGGAAAAAAGAAACUGCUGUUAAUAAGCUUAUUACAGCAUAAGAAUGUCUUCAGAGUCCAGUUACUGUUCCCUGU